AAAAAACAAACCCAACUCCCGUGGGUGGGGGGGUGCACACACUCGGCAUUCUCACCGAGCCUGCCUCCACUCUCGCCCUGGACUCCGAGGGCUGAGGACUUGGCGCCGGGAUGCGAGGCAAGAUGCAGCCGGUGGUGUCCCUGGCGGCCUGGACCCUCUGCCUGGUUGUUCUCGGGGCCGGAGGCGCCUCGUCCGCCAGGGGCGAAGUGAUGCACAAACUGGCCGAAAGGAAGCUGUGUGCGGACGAGGAAUGCAGCCAUCCCAUUUCGAUGGCUCGAGCGCUGGCAGAUUACACGGGUCCCGACUGCAGGUUCAUCAACAUCCGCCAGGGGCAGCUCGUCUAUAUUUACGGAAAACUCAAAGGAAAAGGACGCAACUUCUGGCAAGGGACUGUUCAAGGUGAUUAUUUCGGGGAGCAGUCAACAACUCUUGGAUUUUUCCCAAAGUCGAUUGUGAAAGAGAUCCAAUAUCUGGGGACGGAGCUUGUGGAAAUGCCAACAGUAGACUGGGAUUUCUACUGUUAGUGAAAGAAGAGGAUAAGAGUGGACUCAUGCUCUGAACAGCAGAAGACCAGCUAGCGCCAUGGAAUCAUUGUAUUGAGUUAUUACUAGAAUACGCUGUAAGCUGUGUUGCCAGUGACUGGUAACAAUUGUUUAAAUAAAUAGGAUUAGAACCGC